AUGGUGGUGGCGUCUUUGGUUUUAAAAAUGGGUAUACACAGCGUCCGCAGCGGACCGACCUACCUAAUGAGCCGUACUAAUAAAAUUAAUCGUGAUAAUAAUGCAGCAUCCUCAGCUUCCAUGACUCUGUAUACCAUUGUCAACGAAAAUGACGAUGAUGAUAAUGAUGAUGAUGACAACGAUUGCCUAUCAUAUGAAAGCGCCGUGGUGAAAAAUUAUUAG